AUGGGCAAGGAGGAAGGUUUCGCUCCUGGUAAGCAUACCUUGAUCUUCCCUUUCUUGCAGUGUCCUCGUUUCACUCUAAUUGGAACCUGCCAUCAUUCACUGCGAAACUGCGGCGUCUUCUCCUGGUAUCGCAAUCGUCGCAUCUCGUCGUCACAGUUCAAAAUUUUCUCAAACCGGUGUCUACCAUUCCCACGUGACGCUAAGAAGGGUGCCAAGCUCUUCCAGACCCGUUGCGCUCAGUGCCACACUGUCGAGUCUGGCGGUCCCCACAAGGUUGGCCCCAACCUCCACGGUCUCUUCGGCCGUAAGACCGGUUCCGCCGAGGGAUACGCCUACACCGACGCCAACAAGCAGGCCGGUGUUACCUGGGACGAGAACACUCUGUUCUCCUACCUUGAGAACCCCAAGAAGUUCAUCCCCGGUACCAAGAUGGCCUUCGGUGGUCUGAAGAAGGCCAAGGAAAGGAACGACCUGAUCACGUAUGUGUUUUUGUCGAAGACUCACUCUACCAUGGUUGGCAUUGCAGGCGCUAACUUUUUCUCUCCUACAGCUACCUCAAGGAGAACUGCUAAACAUGUUCGCCCUGAAAAGUCACUUGUCUCUUCAACCUUGUCUGGGAAACUUUGUCGCGCCGAUUCUCCUGUGGUAAAAGCAGAUGCGCGGCACGUUCACCGGACACGGCAUGUACUAUACUACAACCUUGAUUAA